CGCGAUCAAGUCUCAGAGCUUUCACCGGUAAAGUUCUUUCUCUUUCGCUAUCCAGCCCUCCGAGUCAAGUAAGUUCCCCCUUCCUUCUCUUUUUUCUCUCCCGGCCAUGUCUUCGUUUAGCGAUAGGAUCUCGUCCUCAGAGGACAGCUCCUCUGAGGACUCCAACUCAUCUUCCUCGACCGGGUCUUUUUCUCAUGAAUCCACGUCCGGUCAGGUUCCCCACUCCUCUAUUCCCGACCCGCAUCCUGUUAAUCAGAUGCCCGGUGAAACUUUCGUGGGGAGGGAUGACCCGGUCGAUGACGAACCGGGCCCCUAUGACCCUGAACAUGAAACCCGGGAUGCGUGGGAGGAGCGGCUUCAUGCUGCCAGUUACUUUCCGCUUCCCACUUUCUACGUCCUUGACAUACCUUCCCGUGUAUCCAAAAUUGCCUUAAACAAAAUCCGUAGGAGGCUCCCGGAUGGGUAUACCCUCCUCUGGGUUUGGAGGGUCGAAUCGGGUGGUGAGGGUACCUCCCAGGCCCAUGAAGCAGCGGGGCGCGGGGUACCCUCCCCGGGCAACACUGCAGAGGCUAAGGGCCAGAACCACCCAGAUAUGGAGUUCGAAGAAUUUGCCAUGCCCGAAGAUCAGCCAGAGGGAGAGACCGGUGGUUCUCAGGCCGGUGCUGCGAAAACUUUCAAGGUCCAACCAGAGACCGUGGAAAUCCAUGAUUUGGACGAGCCGGAGGAUGACCGGUCAAAAGGGAAGGGCAAAGAGAAAACCGGCCGGCGGAUAAAAAAGGUUGCCACCACACACCCUUCCUUCGCCAAGAAGAGGCAAAGGGGGGACUCAGAGCCGGCCGGCAAGUCUAUUGAGGAGGCCUUCAUCAAUCUGGGCCUGAGGCUGAAGGAGGCGGGGGAGAUCGGACGCCUCUCAGCUGACCGGCUUGGUUUGGGCUCUUCUUCGGAGCUUGCCCGGCUGAAGAAGGAGAAGGAGGAGAUGGCUCUUAUCCUGAGGAGCCAAGCUGACGAGCUGACCAGGCUAUCCGGGUUGACCGGGUCGAUGAGGGCGGAGAUCUCUCACCUCCAGGAAGAAAAUGGCCGGCUGAUGGACGAGGUGUUUGAAGCCAAGAGGGAGAUGGCGGAGAAGGAAGAAACCUUCCCCGGGCGUGCAGCUGCCUGGGUGGAAGAGAACAAAGCUGAAGCUGCCCGGGUGAUGACGGCGACUCCUGAGACCACGAUGGAGUCCUUCAGGCUUCUAUACCGGGAGCCUGAAGGAAGGAAGAUGAUUACCGCGAUUGGAUCCUUUGGAUUCAAGAGCGGUCAAAAGAAUGAUCGGAUCGCCUCUCACCAGGUACUGCUUAGAAGAGAUCCGGACUUCACCGCUGCAUCCUACGGCCUGGCCUCAAUCCCGGAAGAAGAGCCGACUCCCCCCUUCCCCCUUGACUGAUAUCCCCGGCUUCACCCGGUUAUCCUUUGUAAAACUUUUAACAGAGAUUUCCCCGGGUAUGCCCGGCGUACUUGUAAACAUUUGA